AAUAUCCUUCUCUUGCUACUUCUCUCUCUAUACUUCUCCUGUCAGUCUAAUAUAAUCAAUAUAUAUAUAUAUAUGCGUGUGUGUAUGUAAGUGUGUGUGUGUAUAUAUAUAUAUAUAUAUAUGCAUAUAUGCGUUUUCGUUUGAUUAUAAGAUUAUCUCAUAUCAAGUUUUAGGUUAUUUAUCAGAACUACAUCACCAUUAGAUGAAGAAUCUCUUUGAAUCUGUGUACAGCUGGAGUACUAUUGUCGAUUCAAUUAUUCGUUCACUAUAGAACAACAGAUCGGAAAACCUCAUUUCUUAAAGUUGAUUAUAUACAUGUGCGUCUCUCUUAGUAUAUAUAUUCAUAUAUAUAUAUAUAGACACACACAUAUUGUUCAGGGCUCAGUUUUUGAGUUUGAUUGUUUUAUUUGAUGAUCAUGAGCUGUUUGCAGCAGCUAAUCAGAGCAUUUGAUAGCUUAUGCAUUGAUAUUAUUUGGUAAUUUUGCUCUGAGAAGAGGAAGUAGACUAGAAUCAUGUAUUUUUUUCCUAGUUGAAACUCACUCGAACCCAUUGCCUUCUACUUUGGAAGGUGAGGAAGCACCACUAGGCUACAACCCUUGGUGGUGACUAGAAUCAUGUUUGUUAUGAAUAUUUCAGGCUUUAUAAUUUUGUUUUAAAUUGUAAUAUGUGGUUGUGGUUUGAAAUUUGACUGUCAUUGGUGGUGACAGAUCCAUUUGUUAAUUGCUUUGUAGUUUUGAUAUGAUUUUCCUUUGAUAAUUAGUGGGAUUGUUCUAUUUCUAAUCAUGCUCAGACUGGUCCUAAAAUUAGAUUAAAAAACAUUGGUAUCAAUUCAUUGUGCAUACUCUGAGGAUUUAUUUUAAUUUUUUGUUUGUAACAGAAGGUGGCAUUCUCUAGAAAAAGUUGUUCAUGCUAUUUCAUUGCCUUUGACUGGUUAAUCCUCAAGCAAGCUCUUGUUCUGGAUAGCAUGGAAGGACAAAGCAGCCACGAGAACCCUGUGCAGUUGAUGUCAUUUGCUUUUAAUGGGAAUGCCAGAGAUGUGUCUCAUUCACCUGGAAAUGAUCCUAACCAGCACUACUUUAUGGCAGCCGGAGGAAGUCAGGCCCACCCUUUUCCUCUGUCUCUUCCCCACUGGAUUCCUUGCCAGCAAACAUCGCCCAGUUUUAUCCAGCUUCUCACAGAAAGUGGGGUAUCUGAAACCCAAAGCGAAAGGGUAUCAUACAACAAUUCUGGAAUGCUUUAUAGUUCUGAACAUUCUUAUCCAUCCCUUGACAUGGGUGAUCAGAAGGUAAGAUAUCUUAGGCCACACAAUGAAGUUGGACCAAUGAAAUUCACAAGUGCAGAAGGUCAGAUCCACAUUCAGAAACAAGAAUCAAGUCAAGAUUAUGGUAAUGUUUUUCAACCUCAUUUAAGCAUAGCAGCUGCAGCAAAAGGUUUACCACUCAAACAAGGUCGUAAAGUCUCAAGAGAGAGAGCCACUGCUGUUGAUCGUAAUCGCAGAUUGAGGAUUGCUGAGAAACUUGAUGCAUUGCAGGAACUGCUUCCGCCACAUUCUAAAGAGGGUUGUAAAGCGUCCGUGAUGGAUGAUAUCAUUGACCAUAUCAAGUCUUUGCAGCGUCAGAUAAAGGAUUUAAGUAAGAGCAAAUUGGCAGGCGAAUCGACUUCUGAGCCUUUCAUUUUCCUUGAGGGAUAUGGUCAUUACCUUUUUCAUGAAGAGAUGCUGGGUGAACCUCUGGAAGAGAUACUGGGAAAGUUGCUGGAGAUGAAUCCACCAGCAGCUUUCAAGCUGCUUGAGAGCAGGCAUCUCUUUAUGAUGCCUGCGGGUCUGGCUGAAGGAUUCCGCCAAACUGCUUAGAUUCCCGACAUGCUAACCUUCGGUAGUUAAUCAAAAUUCUCCUUUUAGUUUCCAUGGUUCUUAAAAUUUUACAGGCAAAGAACCAUUUGAUGAUGUCACCACCAGUAUAUGUUUUGUUACUACGGAUGUAAAAAAACCAAACUCAAGAAGAUGCGAUUUUGACUGCAGCUGUGGAGCAGCCUUCUAUUAAAUCUAUUUUUGGUUGUGCGAUAGGCACAAAUGGCAUCUUAUCAA